AUGACAAAAACCGCACCCCCGAAACUUGUCAAGGUCGUUGGAAAUCAUCAGCGCACAAAUCGCGAGAUAUGCAGCGGCCCCGGCCUUUAUCGAGAGAGGGCCACCAAAAGUGACGAGACCGAUGGUGACAGGCCUCUGCUGAAGGAUGAGCAGAAAUUUGAGUUCAUCAGCGACAAGGCCAACGAGGUCAGCGUGGAUGGCGAGAAGGAUGUGCGGCCCAUUGGUAAUAAGAAAGCCAAGGCUCUGAAGAGACGACACGCCGAAGACGACGAUCUCGAGAGCCUGGCUGGUGAACAGGUGAAGCUCGCCCGUCUGGAGGUCGUCGAGGAAGGAAAGAUCUUGCUCAAGAUGGUACUACGAGAAGAAGCAACAGGAGAUCGUUAA